GCUCCCCUGACGCUGAGUGCAGCCCAGAUCAACCCUGGGUCGGGGGUGCAGACGGUCAACAUCGCUGGACUGGGCACUGCUGGAGUACAGAUGCAGGGGGUACCCCUCACCAUCACUGGACUACAGGCUGUGGAAAGGUCUACGGUAAGACCAGUCACCUGAGAGCUCACCUCCGCUGGCACACAGGAGAACGACCCUUCGUCUGCAACUGGAUCUUCUGUGGCAAGAGGUUCACACGCUCGGAUGAACUGCAGAGACACAGACGGACACACACAGGUGAGAAGAGGUUUGAGUGUCCAGAGUGCAGUAAGCGUUUCAUGCGUAGCGACCAUCUCUCCAAACACAUCAAAACCCACCAGAACAAGAAGGGCGGGGCUUCUCUCGCCAUCAUCACCACUGAAGACAUGGAAGACUCCAACCAGGGUUUAGGCUCCUCCCCUCGCAUCGUAACUGUGGAGACACUCUCCCAGGACUCCGCCCCUGCCACUCCAACAGCCUCCUCGCCCAAUCAAAUGGAGGGAGAAGAGGAAGAGGAGGAAGAGGAGGAGUUUGAGUAGUGACCAGUGACCACUUCCGGUUUAGGGAUAAAGCAGGGAGAGCUAACUUCCUGGUUGGUCUCCAUGGUUAUGCUGUGGCUAUGGAGGUCAGGUGGUCUAUUUUUUUUUAAAUGUUGUUUUCAAAAAGAAGAGAAUUAUGAUGAACUGAAUAUUACAUAAACAGAGGGAGGAAUCUGAAUCUAAACAAAUGAAUUAAUCUAACGACAGACUAAAGGUAUGAAUUAGUAGAAUGGUGUUUAUAACAGAAGGUCAGGGGAAAAGGUAUAAUAUAGAUUUAUAAUCUAAACUCGCACCCUAUCCCUUAUAUAGUGCACUACUUUUGGCCAGAGCCUUCUGAGUAGUUUAUGUAGGGAAGAGAAUGCCAUUUUGGAUUGGCUAAUUAAACUAGCACAAGACAGAACCCUGGAGUUGUAAAACAUCAAGAGGAGACAUUGGCUGUGUCCCAAAUAGCUAGGGUGCCAUUUGAAACACAGCAAUUGUAUCUCUAUGCACAAAGAUGUUCCUCUGCUAAUACUGUAGUGAUGAUUAUGAUGAAGAAGCAUGAUAUGUGGCACGGUCCAGACUGUAGGACAGAAAGGUGAGAGGAGCAGGGACAGGUGUGUGUAUGUGCGUGCAUGCGUGUGUGUGUGUGUGUAUGUGUUUGAGAGUGUGUGUCAAUGUAUCCCGGUUCAACAGGACUAUAGUUCAGGUAAAGACCAGUCUGAUAAACUCUUACUGAAGAAAGACAAGAAAAAGAGGAAUAGACCUCUAAAGGGUCGAAAAAAGCACAUAGAACAUAUGUAUAAAUGAUGCAUUCCUAUAGAAACGCUCUGCAUUGGAAAUAUUAAUAGUUUCUAUAAAACGAACAAUCUAGCUUUCUGCAACAGGCUGUUUAGUGAAAGCAAUACUAUAAGACAAUCCUAGUGAAACCAUGUUUACAUUAAUGACAGUAGAGGAAAAGGUUUCCCUGGUAUGAAACAGCCAGUCAGCUCACAGCGUUAAAGAUGCACUCAGCAAUAUGACAUCAUCAUACACAGCGGGGUGAUUUCCUGCUUGAUGAUGCCAUAUUGCUGAGUGCACCUUUAAGAAGUAGCUCUCCUGGGGUUGGUGGGUGGGUAAGACAGUGUCAAUAAGCAGUACUAAUGUCAAAACACACGAUGCUCCCACUGAUACUCAGAGCAGCAGCUGUUUGUACCAGAACCAGUCUAGAAUACAGCAGUAAUGUGACUCAAUCAUCGUAUCUGAACCCUAAACUUGUAUAAAGUAUCAACGUCUUAGAUAAACAAUAUACAUUUUAGUAAUUAGACAUAUUUCAAAUAAUAUAUAUUCACGAUAUUUCAAGUGAUUAGAGAUACUCAAUUAACUAACAGUUUUAGAGUUCGUGUGAUUUGACGUUGGUGCUGUUUUCUCUGCAUUGUGAAGGUAGAGCCCCCUGUGUGUGAGUCCUGGUACUACAACGCCUUAAAACAAGCAGUAUUACACACACACACACACACACAUACACACAUGUAGUGGGGGGAAGGGUGAGGCAUGAAGAGAAGGGGAGAGAGAAGGGGUUGUGGCAGGGUGGAUGUUAUUACUAUGUGGUUGUUAUGACAAGUGUCCGGUGAUGUUGCUCUAUGUUAGUGUCAGUGCAUACGUUUUGAAUUGUAUUUUUAGCUCUUUAUUUUCUUAACCCCCCCCAGUACAUUUUGACACAGAUGAUUACUGUGUACAGCUAAUUUAUUAUCUGUUCUAUUUUAAUAUCUGCCUUUUGCUGGAGUGUAUCGUACGCGUUGAUCAGAGGUGUGUGUGUACAGCAUGUUGCCUUUUAGUGCUGUUUUCUCUUUUUAAUUCAUCGUAAACUUAUUUUACUACGUCUGUCGUUGUCAUGACUGCGGCCCGUCAUUUCAACUACUCUUAACGCGCCAUAAUAUGUUUAAAAAAAUUUAAUGAAAGCAAAAAAUUAAUACAAAUUAAUAUUUGAAAAUUAAAUGGUUGAUAUACCAACCAGAUGUGGAUGUUUUCGGUAAUAUUUUGUGUGACAACCAGUUUUCUUUCAUAUUUUCUAGUGACAUCUCAUUUGUAAAAUGUUUUUCUAAGCAGUUUGUGGCUCUCCAUGAUGAUUGAUAAAUCUGGCCUCCAAGGCUGCAGGUUCUUGAUUCUUGAUAUUUUAUUGAUAUUUUUAAAUCAACUUUGUACAAAUGUGUUGUGUGACUGGGGUUAAAGAAGUGAAAAGAGAAAAAAAGACUUUGCCUGCAUAACACUUUAAAUAAAGUGAUGAAAUCAGUCUAAACCAGUCUCUAUCACUGCUCUGCUCCCAACCGUGUGUGUUCUGUUGGGUAAUUUUCUAAAGUGUAAACACUGACCUCUUGCUAUGAAGUUGCUCUGAUAACUUUGGCAAUCUCUCUUUCUCUCAGCUGUGUGGGAGUGUGACCGUAGUCUGGUCCUGUGAUGGUGGUCACUGAGAUUAUUUAAAAUGCACAAUUUUGCCACCUCUCUUCACACACACACCUGCGGUGCCAUAGAAACAUGUCUGCUGGUGUGUACUCUGUAAUUACCUCGGAAGCCGAACCACCUCCGUUCCCGCCCUUCUCAGGGGGUUGCUAAGCAACGAAAGCAGUCUGCAGGCCAGAGGCGUGUGCGUGCGUGUAUGUGUGUGGAGGCGUUGUUGGUUGUGUGUGUGUGUGUGUGUGUGUGUUGAUUGGAGGCGUGGUUGAUUGGAGGGGAAGGAGAAACCACACAAACCAUGAAGGAAUAGAAAAGGCCACAUGCUUUCCUGCUUUAUUCUUGUGCAUCAACUCAAUUUUGUAAAAUAAGACUAGGUCAUAUGUCUUCAAUUGCAUUGGUGUGUGGUGUGGCUGUAUGUCUAUUGCACUGUCUAAUAAACUCAAUGAAUGGAUAGUCAGUCA